CGCCGCGCGGGGCCGCCUUCUAGGCUCGCUCCGCCGGCUUUGGCUGGGCUGGGGCUGCGUGCUCGGCCGGAGGCUCCUCAUCAUCAUCACCAGCCGCCGGGAAGCCAGCCCGGCCAGUCGGAGGGGUCGGCCGGCCCCGGAGGGUUCCAACCAUUGUAACGGGAAAGCGUUUCCGGCCGAGUUGGAGCCUGCGGACGGCCACUUGAGGCUCCCCUCGCAUCCUGUGGCGCUAAAACAGCCCGUGGAGGAAGUGACGGCUCUGCGACUCGUGCAUGAAACCCCCCUGCACCAUUCAGCCUACAUCCCGGUGCCCCGGCAGAGAAAGCCAACGGAGAAGGCAGGAAUUGACGAAGUCAUGGCAGCCGCAGUCCUCACCAGCCUGUCUACCAGUCCCGUGGUGCUGGGCCAACACCCCAAUGGUUUCAGCGCAGAAAUGAACUGUGACGUGUGGAAAGGCCCCGUGAGGUCCUCCAGCUGCUCCAGCAGAAACCACAGCGGAGACGGAAGCUGGGAUCCCCCGAGCGACCUUUACCCUUCCACCCCUUCGCCGCCCCUGACCGCCGACAUCACGACCAGCCUCCUGUCUUCCCUGCAGUCCGACCUGGAGGAGACGGAAGCCACACAGUUCCUCUUUGAACCCGUGCCCAGGAAGAGGAAGAACUCCACGAAAGUGAUGUUCAAGUGUUUGUGGAAGAAGGUGGGAAAGUUUCUCAGCAGUUCCUCAGGGAUGCAGAAGCACAUCCGAGCCAUUCACCUGGGGAGGAAGGCUGACCUGGAUCAGAGUGAUGGAGAGGAAGAUUUUUACUACACCGAGCUGGACGUCAAUGUGGAUUCCUUGACUGAUGGUCUCUCCAGCCUGACUCCUGUCUCCCCAACCUCCCCGGUGCCCCCUCCCUUUCCAGUCCUGGAGGAGGUCCAGAAAAUUCUGCCUAUUCCACUCAACCCCAAGGUUUCCGUGGUGUCACACCUGAGCCAAUCGGCACCCCUAAACCUCCUCAGCCAGUCGGCACCCACAGGUUUGGAGCACACAACCGAUCAUGCCUAUCAGGCAAUGGGUCCCACCGGGAUGCUGACGGAUCUGAAGGCUCCUCCAGCUGGGAUGGAAAUCAGCAUAUCGUGGCAGCAGCCAGUCCUUUUCCCUCCACCGCUGCCCCCCGUCCUCUUCAAAAGCCCCUCAGGCUGCCUGACUCCCAUCCAACCCGCCGAUUCGGAAGAGAAACGCCUCCAAGGCUCCCCUGCAUCAGUUGCCAAAGGACAACCGUUAUUGCCCUCUUCCGUGCCAAAGCCUGCAACAGGCACCAGGAAGCCGCGUGGCGAAGCCAAGAAAUGCCGCAAAGUCUACGGGAUGGAGAACCGCAGCAUGUGGUGCACGGCCUGUCGCUGGAAGAAAGCCUGCCAGCGGUUCGUCGAUUGAGCUGGGGAGAGGGGGGGGGGAGAAAUCUUCAGCCGCCCUUGGCCUCCGUCUGCGUUGCGCGAUUUGCACUUUGGUGCCUUCCAGCCUGGUCUCCCCUUGCACCGUCUACCGCCCCCCACCCCCUUGCCCUGACCUACCCGUCCGCUCGCCCCCUUCUCCAAGCUGGUGGGGUGGGGGCUCUUCCCCAAUCGUGCCUUGGCUCAGGAAAACCAGCCUUUCUGGGAUGAACGGAGUCGCGGGACCCUUUGCCGAAAGGAAAGAGCAGAGCGUCUCGCCCACUCUGGCCGGCCGAAGCGUCAUCCGGGAUCUUCUAGAUGGCCUCUCCCUUCACCCAGGGAUACCUGCCGAUCCAAGCCUCCGUCGGAUUUCCCCGCGUCCAUCCACACAUGUGAAAAAUUUAAGCCAUUGCUUGUCUUUGGAUGGUGUUUGUUUUUGUUUUUAUUUUCUUACUCCUGAAAUAAGCUAUGUCUUUCAUCCUCCUCCUCUUCUUCCUUCACCUCCCACUACGGAUCUCCCAACUUUGUUGAGGUUUGAGACCGCGAGAGUUCCAGAAUGUUCUUCAGAGCCGAGAUGUGAAGCUUUUGGACAUUUUUCGUUCUCUGGGAUGGGAGAACCAAGCCUGACACGUGGUGUUUUUUAAAUUUUUGGAUACCUGUCCUGCAAUAUAUAUUUUUUCUCCGUUUCUUGGUAAGCUUUGGCGUUCAGGACUUUGGAGCGGAAGACAAAAAAAAAGGCAUUGGAAGGCGAAGAAACGGUCUCUGCUUUCUCUCUUCUUCACUUUCACUUGGUGGCUGCAAGCAGGUUUUCCUAAAAACUCACCUUGAUUAAAUUCAGUUUGGAAGCGAAGAGAUGGAUAGAACCGAAGAGUGGGAAAAAUGCAAACCUAUCGAACAUCAGCAAAACGUUUAAAAAAGUUCUUUUGCUUUUCUGUUUCUUUCCAAUCUCGGGGAGUUUUCUGAUUUUUUAUUUUUUUUAAACAGCCACCCCAUCCUCCCCCCCCCCCCCAAAUAUCCCCUUCCCAAUGGUGCCUGCCAAAGAAAGGCUCACUUAUAGGAAAUAUUUUUCCUCGGCAUAACCGUCUUGUGAAUGGAAACGUUAAGUCUCUCGCAAGGAAUAAGCUAUGCGCCAAAUAUGUAGCCUGACCAAUUUGCAACCUGGACUGAAUUUGCAUCCAAAGCUGACUCGGGACAGCGGGGAGAAAAAAAUAUAUAUGGCAAUUUCCUUUAUGUGCAAUUUCGAUUUAAAAAAAAAAAAACAUUUACACAAUGGGAUGAUGGGGAUGGGAUGUUUCUGUCCGCUGUCAUAGCUUCCCCUCCCCCACCCCCGAUCUAAACGGCAACGAUAGAAUAUCGGAAAGAUUUCCCACUCUGCUCUCCUGUUCUCCCUUAAGAGAGAGAGAAAAAAUGGCCAGCUUAAGUCAAUUUUGGAAUCAGGAUAUAUAUAUUUUUU